AUGGCUCACAAAAAAGCUAUUGAAGCUCUGAACAGAAUGCUUCAAGGCAUCAGAGGUUGCAACCAACUUAUGGGAGUCGUAGUUGUUCUCUUGGCUGGUGACUUCAGACUAACAUUGCCUGUUGUACCACGAGGAACACGCGCUGAUGAAAUUCAAGCCUGUGACGAUAUGAUCCCAGAAGAAGACGGAAAAAUAAAUGUUUCUUGCAUUCGUUGUGAUAUUGUCCCCGAUUUAAUCACCUUGACUGAAAAAAUAUACCCGUAUAUUGACAAGGCUGGAGAAAAUUGCAGUUCAUUGUUAAAAGAGAGAGCUAUUCUCACUCCAACUAAUGAACAAGCUAAUUCUAUUAAUAACUUUUUACUGGAGCAACUGCCAACUGAGCAAGUAAGAUAUGAGUCGGUAGACACAGUAAUGGAGGACGAAGACGUUGUUCACUACCCUGUAGAGUUCUUACAUACUCUUAAUCCACCAGGAAUACCUCCUCAUGUUCUUCAUCUCAAGAUUGGCACCCCAAUAAUUUUGCUCAGAGAUUUAGACCCUCCAAAAUUAUGUAAUGGAACUAGGCUCCAAGUCAAGAUCUUACACAAAAAUGUUAUUGAGGCCACAAUUAUCACCUGA